AUCACGAUGCCUCAUCGCCACUGCGCCGUGGAGAUUAACAACAACUCUGGCUCCUACACUCUGGCCAACCCAAGGGUGUUCACUGAGAGCGGCUACUGUCAGGUCCCUGUGCCACCCAUGGUGGGUCCCUGCUCCGCUGGCAGUGCAAUGUUCAACAAGACCACCGGCUGUGCAACUGGAGCCGUCGGUGUCUUCACGUACGACCUUUUCAAUGCCGAUCUGAACGACUACAGCCACGUCAUGGCUGUCAUGUACUCUGUGCCCUAUGACCGGAUACUCUACUUCAACUGUUUUGCUGUGGGCAUCUUUGAAAGAGGAAAUGACUGCGACUACAAUCUGUAUGAUAGGAUGUAUAAUGGAGGUGAAAACAACUUUGUAAGAGCAAAAGCCGACGGCUCCUGCAUUUCUUAUGAGGGCGAUUAUGUUAUUGUCAGUGCCUCCAUGUCUGACUCAGGUGAAGCAGUCUUGAGGGUGGAUAUCAGUGAUACUGGCAUGUACUGA